AUGCUGCACCACAUUCAUUUGCAUCCCUCUGUUUUUACAUCAACUCAACCCUCAAUUGAAUCGAGUUGGUUUACUUUGUUUCUACUCGAUCGAUCUCUUGGAAUCCCUCCUGCUAAUGGGCAGGGGCGAGUUAGGCAAACUCGACCGAUUAGACUUGGAGAUAUCCCAAACCGCCACCAGCAAAAACAAGGGAGUGUCCCUCCUCCUGUCCAGAACCACAACUUUGAGAUCAAGCUAGGAAUGAUCAAUCUAGUCCAGAACAAGAUGUUCCAUGGAUUGUCUUGUGAAGAUCUCAUUGAUCACUUGGAUGAGUUUGAUAGACUGUGUGAUUUGACAAAGUUAAAUGGUUUCUCUGAAGAUGCCAUCAAGCUGAGACUAUUCCCUAUAUAUUUCGCUGAUAAGGCCAACCAAUGGGAGAAGAGCCUGCCCCAUGGUUCAAUCACUACAUGGGAUGAAUGCAAGAAGGCAUUUCUAGCUAAGUUCUUCUCAACUGGGUGA